GAUAGACAAGAACUAAUGUCAAGCUUACCAGUUUUAACUUGUAAUAAGACGGGAACGCGUCGCGAAAUCCAUUAGAUUCUUCUCCUUAGUAAAUCUUAUGGAUUUUGGCAUUUUGCAUACCGCAAUUUUCUAUCUUGAAAUCAUUGUGAUAUAGGAGAUCAUCCUUUAGUUUAGUGGUCGGUUGGCUAUUUGAAGGGGGGGUAGAGAGACAGCUAACAGACUGCCACGAUGUACGACUGACAGACAAAACCAAACCACCUUUCACUUCAAAUACUUAGUUGUGGAGAGAGAGGGACAGUGACGGCUGUGUGGUGGGUAGGUUUGGUUUUGUAUGAAUUUUCACUAUUUAGUCAAAUUGGUCGAGCUGGUUGGUUAAUUUAGUGUGUCUUUUACUCCACGAGGAGAAGAUGCUGUGGGGAAUAAGGUGUAAAAUUCUAUCCACAAUUUGAAAUUAUUUACACGAGAGGGAAAGGGAGGAUAUUAAUUUCUAAUUUUAAGCCGAGUUUACAGAGAAUCGAGGCCUGCUGCUCGUCCAUUAUUUCAUACGUCAACACUCAACUUUCACUUUUAUAAAGUUUCCUCCACCGCUCCUGCUGCUGCUGUUUUAGUUAAAAUCCUCUUAAAAAGUUUGUCCCUAUUCAAACAGAGGAACCAACCAGCGAAUAAGUACUAUGUGAAAUAAGUGGUUGUCGAAGAAUGAAUUUUGCAUGGGGGUAUGGAAAUAGGGAAUUCUAUACGUAACGUGCUGGUCGUCUAGUGGUACGACGACGUCGACUUUCUCCCCAGAACUAAAAAAAGAAGGAUAUAGGAUAGCUAGACAAGUCGUUCUUCAAUUUCCAAAGUAAAAGUAGACCUUGUUCAAACAGAGAGAGAGAGAGAAAAAAAAAUCCAAUUAAUUUUCAAGCCUUGAUUACUCUCUGAAGUUUAAAUAAGUGAAAAACACAGUAGUUGAGUGAAAGUCACCACACCACGACGCAGUAGGAAUUAUUAACAAACGGAAUAUUGCAAGACAAUAGGAUAGCACUUCGAUCGGAUCGUGCAUGAUAAUCUCAUCAUCAGUGUGUGACGAAGAGGAGGUUGCAUUAUUAUCUAGCUCAGGUGGUGAGAAAGCAGUUAAGAGAAAGCAAUACAAAAACUUUCUCAACAUUGACAAUCGUCUUGGUCUCGUCUCUUGGGAAAAAUCUGCACACGUGUUUGUUCAAUGUUCUUCUCCUCCUGCUCGUCCACUUUCUCCACUUUCUCCUUCGCACGCCGAACAAAGAAAAUAGAAGACCAAUUCCAACUUUCUCCACCAGACUGCUUACCCCAUCAUCAACACUAUCAAUAUUAUCACUACCACCACCAUACCAUCACUUUCUCCAUUAAGUUCAUUUACUAAAUAAUUCCAACGAGCAACUUUCUCCACCUUUGGGAUAGACUCGUGAGACUUAAGUGAAUCAACGACCCGCUAACAAUUUGUUUCUAUUUUCCGCUCUCUCUGUCGUAAUAAGGACAACCAAAAUACAAAAAGUUUUAGUUCCAUCUCACCCAGGAAGGAUUUUGCAAGUUGUACAUAGUCAUAAAUUGUUGUUGUCACACGACCCUUCCAGACGGACAAGGGGAGAGAAAUGUACUCUUUUGUACAUGUACCGGGGAGAGUGAGAACCUAUAUUGAAAAACGGAGAGUAGUGGUUUUCCUCGUGGUUUUGGUUCAGUGGAGAAAGUUUUUUGUACUUUAUUAGUCGCUUUUUCCCCGCACUUGAUAUUAUUACAUAUAUCUUUUGGCACAUUGAGAAGUAAUAGAAAUUGAGAUCAAUACUACUUUUGUGUCCUGAACUCUGAGUGCAUUCUUGGCGAUUCUUCUUGCCUGGUGGUGGUUUGGUUUGGUCUGGUUCAGUUGAUUUUAUGGACCUUUACGUUACGAAUCGAAUACUUGAUAAUCAUCGUCAUCAUCAUCAUCUUCUAUUCUGCAGUAGUAUCUCCAUCCUCCCCUCAUCAUCUCGUCGCAUUUCUCGUCCUCAUUCUUCACAUAUUUAGUUGGCACACAGUUGGCCUAUGUAUUUCGGAGAUAUUAUUAUUAUUAUUAGACCCUUUUGUGAUAGUGAAAGGAAGGAAACGUGUGGAAAGAAAGGGGCUCAAACUCACUAGUUGGAUUGGAUGCAUAGAUACGAACGAAAUGAAUGUGAUGGAAGAGGCACAUUUAUUAGGCCAAUCCAAUUAGUCAGCCCACUUUCUCCCCACGAAAUCACGAUGCCGUCGCUGUGUGUAACGAUUUUCUGAGUAAAAAUCUAAAGAAGAGAUAAAAACUUUGCACUUUUUGUAUAAAGAAAAAACAACAACAGCAACAAACGAACUUUACUUGAGUGGAUGUGAUAAUCCGUCGUAAUUGUGGUUAGAGAGUAAUAAUAAUAACCUUAAAAUGGAGGAAGAGGACGACAAAGUGUCUGAAAAGUUGAAGCCGACGGAUGUGGAAUUCUUUAAGCGAGUCUUGUUGGGGGAAAGCACGACUGAGAAGUUUAGACGGACUUUCUCCGUCGAAACGGGAAAUGGGCCGCAUCUUUGGAACAACAGGGUGAUGAGGGUGCCGAGAAAGAGGACGAGUGCGCCGACAGGGCAGUUUGGAAGGACCAAUUCUACAGUUAAGAAUCUAGUCAUUUUAAGAAGUAGGAGAUCUUGGCCCAUUGCACCGCCACGAAUUAGAAGUUUCGACGUUGACAAUCAACCCCCGCCCGGACAACACUCUUCCCACCGGUUGCUCGACCCCUCGUCUCAAUCACCGUCUUCCUCUUCGGGUGUCCACCUGCACCACCAUGGCGGCGGCGGCGGCGGUGGACCCCUCCCAUCUCAAGCCCCACGCAGAGAAAGCUUCCUUUACAGAUCAGACUCGGAUUUCGACAUGUCACCUAAAACCAUGUCAUCCUUGUCGCGGAUCGCGGCCGCAGCUUCCGCGACACCUUCAACUUCCCAAUUUUCUCAGCAGUAUCCACUCGCCGCGAGCAAUUCUUCUGCCGAUGUUUACUACGGUCACGGGGACGACUAUAUUGUGACACCGUUCGCCCAAAUCUUGGCGAGUUUGCGGAGUGUGAGAAAUAAUUACAUCGCUUUGACUAAUGUCUCGACGCAUAGGUCGCGACGUUCUUCGUCUUCAACUACGCUUGCUGGUACUUCCGGGGGAGGUUCCCCUGGAAGUACGAGUCCACAACAGCCAAAUAAAUUCGCCACACCCGGUGAAGAAGGGUAUACAAGGUUGGCUUUAGAGACGCUUGAUGAGCUGGACUGGUGCUUGGAUCAAUUGGAGACCAUCCAGACCCAUCGGAGCGUUUCUGAUAUGGCAACUUCAAAAUUUAAACGAAUGCUUAACAAAGAACUCAGCCAUUUCUCAGAAUCGAGUAAAUCGGGGAAUCAGAUUUCCGAGUACAUCUUUUCUACUUUUGUUGAUAAAAACCAAGAACUGGACAUCCCAUCCCUCCGUGUAGAAGAUGAUGAUGAAGAUGAACCGUCGUCACCAACGGCGAGUGGAGCGAGGAACUUGGAGGGGAAGUUGAUGUCACAGAUUGAAGGGGCGUCACCACGAAGUCGCAUCUUGUCGCAUACUCAAUCCCUCGGAAGUACUGAUAAAAUACCCAAAUUUGGAGUGGAGACUGAGCACGAGGAGGAACUUGCCAUCCUACUGGAAGAUGUGGAUCGCUGGGGGUUGGAUAUAUUCCAUUUGAGCGAGUUGAGCAACACGCAUCCACUCACCGCUGUCUGCUACACCAUUUUUCAGGAACGCGAAUUACAAAAGACAUUCAAAAUCCCUACCAAAACGCUGGUAAACUUUCUCCUCACUUUGGAAGAUACGUAUGUACGAGAGGUCCCCUAUCAUAACAGUCUCCACGCAGCCGAUGUAACCCAAUCCACUCAUGUCCUCUUACUUUCACCAGCGUUGGAGUCGGUAUUUACGCAUCUCGAAAUUUUGUCGGCAAUUUUUGCUGCAGCUAUCCAUGAUGUUGACCAUCCUGGACUAACGAACCAGUUUUUGGUCAAUUCGAGUUCGGACUUGGCUUUGAUGUACAACGAUGAGUCGGUUUUGGAAAAUCACCAUUUGGCCGUCGCAUUCAAACUCUUGCAGAAUCCAGAGAUGGAUAUUCUCAACACAUUAUCCAAAAAACAAAGAACUACGCUUAGAAAGAUGUGCAUCGAUAUGGUCCUGGCGACAGAUAUGAGUAAACACAUGAGCUUACUGGCCGAUCUUAAGACCAUGGUUGAGACAAAGAAAGUGGCUGGAUCGGGGGUGCUUCUCCUCGAUAAUUACACGGACAGAAUUCAGGUCCUUCAAAAUAUGGUGCACUGUGCAGAUUUGAGCAAUCCAACGAAACCGCUAGACCUUUAUAGGAAAUGGGUGGACAGAAUUAUGGAGGAAUUCUUCCUACAAGGGGACAAGGAGAGAGAACAGGGUCUAGAUAUAUCAGCAAUGUGCGACCGACAUAACCCAUCCAUUGAAAAGUCGCAGGUUGGAUUCAUAGACUUUAUUGUUCAUCCACUCUGGGAAACAUGGGCCGACCUCGUGCACCCCGAUGCCCAAGAUAUUCUGGAUAUGUUAGAAGAGAACAGGGAUUUUUACCAAAGUUUAGUUCCAGCCUCUCCUCAAAACGAGUCUGAGAAGAUAGAAGAAGAAGAAGACUCUGAGAUAACGAUCACGGUGAACAAGUGACAUAAUAGUCGGCCUGACUUAUUUAGAAAUAUAAUAAACCGUCUUAGAUUUCUAUUUCCUAAUAAAAAAUAAUUUUAAUUUUAAUUUUAACCAAAAUAUUUCAUCCUCAAUUAACUCCAAUUUCUCUCGAAUAUAAAUUUUAAAAAAGUUGCUGGCGACUGAUAUAAUAAUUACUACCUCCUCCGUCGAUACAUGUGUGUGUAUAAUUUAGGAUGAAAUAGACAAUCAAAAGAAACCGAAUAAAUAAAAACUCUAGUCUAUAACAAACUCAAGA